AUGAAUUAAUCUUCUGAUUUAGCUAUCAAGUGCCCGAAUCCAGAACAUAAUAAGAAUGUAAUAUUAGUGUGUUUUGAUGAAUGUUGCCCAGGAUAGAGAUUAUAUUGUCAUUAAUGUGUAAAAAUUGGAGUCCCUGUUUCCCAUCUUGAAUAUUAAGAAGAGUUGCCAUUUAUGUUUGAACAUUUUAAAAAAGUUGAAAAAGAAUGUGAUUAUUUAAUUGAUAGAAUGAAUAAAUAAAUGGAUAUGAUUAAUUAAAACUACUAUUUAUUAGUAGAGGGAAUUAGAUCUAAAUACUAAAUGUCUUAAUAAUCAUUACUUAAUUUAAGUUCAGAAUAAAUUAAUUCUUUCUUAUCAUCAAGUAUUAGUUUCCAAUUAUUUUAAUCAAAAAUCCAAAAUUUGCUUGAACAGCUUACUAAUAAAUUUUUGUGUCAAUUAUAACAGUUAUUGGUUGAUUUAAAUUUAACUGAUUUAAAUUAUUAUCAAAUACCAAAAAUAAAUCCGAAUAAAUCAGAAGAUUUACAUUAAACAAGAAAUUAUUAAAGAAUUAAUGAUAAAAAAAAGUAGGAUGACAGGAUGAUCAAAGAAAUAAUUAUAAAAUAAUAAGGUUUUCUAGAAGAAUAUGGAAAAUUAGACAUUUGCUAUGUCAUUGACUUUACUUCAAUUAUGGAAAAGUACAUUGAGCAGGUAAGAUGCUGUAUUUAAGAAUCCUUCGAUGUUAUAAAAUUGCAGACAAACAGAGAUCCAAUUCUAUCUUCGAUUGCCUAUUAUGAUAUAGAAUAGAAACCUUAAAAUGGAAAAUAUCAUUAAUUUGAAUUCUCAAACGAUAUCGAAAACUUAAAACAAUUUAUUGCAGAAGUUCCAAUUAAAGGAGGGCGAGAUGUUCCAGAAGAUAUUAGAGGAGCUUUAGAAUAAAUGAUUACAAAUCUUAAAUGGAAGAAUAAAUUUAAGAUAGCAAUUUUAAUUACUGAUGCUCCUUGUCAUGGUAGAAAAUACCAUAAUUUCCCUUGGGAUUAUCACCCGAAUGAUGACAUCACAGAAACUCUUCAUCGUUUGAUAGAAAAAUAGAUCAUCUUAAUAGGUUUUAAUUUAAACGAUAGAACAGUUAAAAUCUAAAAAUGCUUAAGACUUUUUUUUUAUGUUGAUGCUAGCGGUUUUGAAUUUAAUAAGUUGGCCUAGAAAAUAGCAGAAUCUCUAGUGAGUGUUUCAGUAAAAGCUACUUAAGUAAAUUCAAAAGGAACUAAAUCCAAAAAACAAUAAAAAGAAAGCCCAACGAAUACAGAUGGUGCUAUUGAAGCUUUAUACAAAUAAGGAGAUUUUUAUAAUUUUGAAAAAUAGACCAGGGUAGUUAAUAAUUAAUUUACAGUUUUAAAUGUAACAAUAAAUGAUUAGGUUUUUGCUGAUAAUCUAUUAUCAAUUAAUAAAAUAGGAAAAAACCCUGAGACGGAUUAUUUAAUUAAAGUAGAAGGAUAAUUUGAUUGUAUUAGAACUGAAUUUCCAUUUGCUUUUGGAAGGAUAAAUGAUGUCUAUUUAAUGAAAAACAAGAACGGAUAAUAGGAUGAAAUAUAUGUAAUAAAAAGUCCUCUUGGAAAGAAAAUGCAGAUCUCACUUGAUAAGGCUGAUAUUGAUGAAGCUUUAAAGUAAUAGAAUCUUAACAAUUGUAAAUUUCCUGAUGCAGUUUAUAGUGACUGCUUGAUUUUAAUGGACAGCUAAAAUAAAUAUUGGAUUGCUGAAAGAUUUCUCAAGGGGGAAUUUGUAAAAUAUAAUAACAAUUAUGGCUAUAUUAAUGAAUGUAUUACAGAAUUAAAUAAAUUUGAUCAAGCUUUCUCAUAUUAUACAUUCUUUAUUAGUAAUGGAUUAUACAUGAUAAAUGAUGUUUAAGGAGUUGGCCAUUAUUUUACUGAUCCUGCUGUGAAUACAAGCACAGGCGAAUUUGAUGAUACUGAUUAAGGAUAAGAAGGAUAGGGUAUGUUUUUAGUAAAUUUCCAAUCCAAAAUUGAAAUAGCAACUAAAAUUUUAAAACUCUUAAAUAUGCUAAUUGAAUCUUGAAUUCUUAUAUCCAUAAAAUUUAUUUAUCAAAAGAUAUUUUAUUUA